AUGGCUGAAGGUGUUUUCCCAGGUGCUAUCGGUAUCGAUUUAGGUACCACUUACUCAUGUGUUGCUACUUAUGAUUCUGCUGUUGAAAUCAUUGCCAACGAACAAGGUAACAGAGUUACUCCUUCUUUCGUCGCUUUCACUAACGAAGAAAGAUUAAUUGGUGAUGCUGCUAAGAAUCAAGCUGCUUUAAACCCAAAGAACACUGUUUUCGAUGCUAAGCGUUUAAUUGGUAGAGCUUUUGAUGACGAAUCCGUCCAAAAGGAUAUCAAGUCUUGGCCAUUCAAGGUUGUCGAAUCUAACGGUAACCCAUUGAUUGAAGUUGAAUACUUGGAAGAAACCAAGACUUUCUCCCCUCAAGAAAUUUCCGCCAUGGUUUUAACCAAGAUGAAGGAAAUUGCUGAAGCCAAGAUUGGUAAGAAGGUUGAAAAGGCUGUUAUUACCGUCCCAGCUUAUUUCAAUGAUGCUCAAAGACAAGCUACCAAGGAUGCUGGUGCCAUUUCUGGUUUAAAUGUUUUGAGAAUUAUCAACGAACCAACUGCUGCUGCCAUUGCUUAUGGUUUAGGUGCUGGUAAGUCUGAAAAGGAAAGACACGUUUUGAUUUUCGAUUUAGGUGGUGGUACUUUCGAUGUUUCCCUUUUAAACAUUACUGGUGGUGUUUUCACCGUCAAGGCUACUGCUGGUGAUACUCACUUGGGUGGUCAAGAUUUCGAUACCAACUUGUUGGAACACUUCAAGAAGGAAUUCCAAAAGAAGACUGGUUUAGAUAUCUCUGAAGAUGCUAGAGCUUUAAGAAGAUUGAGAACUGCUUGUGAACGUGCUAAGAGAUCCUUAUCUUCUGGUACCCAAACCACUGUUGAAAUUGACUCCCUUUUCGACGGUGAAGAUUUCUCUGCUAACAUUACCAGAGCUAGAUUCGAAGACAUUAACUCUGCUUUAUUCAAGUCUACUUUAGAACCAGUUGAACAAGUUUUGAAGGAUGCUAAGAUUGCCAAGAACCAAGUUGACGAAGUUGUCUUGGUUGGUGGUUCUACCAGAAUUCCAAAGGUUCAAAAGUUAUUAUCUGACUUCUUUGACGGUAAGCAAUUAGAAAAGUCUAUUAACCCAGAUGAAGCUGUUGCUUACGGUGCUGCUGUUCAAGGUGCUAUCUUGACUGGUCAAUCUACUUCUGAAGACACCAAGGACUUGUUAUUAUUGGAUGUUAUUCCAUUAUCUUUGGGUGUUGCUAUGCAAGGUAACGUUUUCGCUCCAGUUGUUCCAAGAAACACCACUGUUCCAACCAUCAAGAGAAGAACCUUCACCACUGUUGCUGACCACCAAACCACCGUUCAAUUCCCAGUUUACCAAGGUGAACGUGUUAACUGUUCUGAAAACACCUUGUUGGGUGAAUUCGACUUGAAGAACAUUCCACCAAUGCAAGCUGGUGAACCAGUCUUGGAAGCUAUCUUUGAAGUUGAUGCUAACGGUAUCUUGAAGGUUACUGCUGUUGAAAAGUCCACCGGUAGAUCUGCCAACAUUACCAUCUCCAACUCUAUUGGUAGAUUAUCUUCUGAAGAAAUUGAAAAGAUGAUUUCUGAUGCUGAAAAGUUCAAGUCUUCUGAUGACGCUUUCGCCAAGAGACACGAACAAAAACAAAAAUUGGAAGCUUACGUUGCCUCUGUUGAAUCCACUGUCACUGACCCAGUCUUAUCUGCUAAAUUAAAGAAGUCUGCCAAGGACAAGAUUGAAGCUGCUUUAUCUGAUGCUUUACAAACUUUAGAAAUUGAAGAAUCUUCUGCUGAUGACUUCAGAAAGGCUGAAUUAGCUUUAAAGAGAGCUGUUACCAAAGGUAUGGCUACCCGUUAA